UGAUGACACGACUGGCAUUUGGGCUAUUUCACAAUAGUAGUGCUUUUUCAGAAUGGGAUUUCUUCUAUCCCACACUAGACUGACUAUUUUAGGUCGACUUGAUGGUCAGUAAUAAUAAGCUGAGUGUAUUAAUCAAAGGCCAGGUUGCUUUCUUGGGUUAAAACAUAGGUUUAUUUAUGUAACUGGAAAUAACAUAUAUGACCUUUUUUAAGAAAAUUCUGCAUCUUUGAUGCACUGUACACUCUUUAUGACUUGUAUGCUACACUCGUUAUGGUUAGCAAAAAGCAUGUACCAUCAAAAUAAAUCUCUGACCAGGAGUAAAAUGACAAUCUCCAUCAAAGUUGACAGGCUCGACCCAGACAACCAUUCUGCCAUUGCUAAUGCUAUAAAUGCCAAGUUUUCAUCUGUAACCACAUCAUUACCUACACUAAACCUGUCAGACCUAACUGCAUUUUUGUCAGCUAUGCCACUCCCCACUGUUGAACCAUGGGAAAUGCACAGGAAACGACUCUCCGUUUCAACCAGAAAAGCCCCAGGUCCUGACCUCAUCAGUGGCAGACUCAUCAGGGAAGUCGUUGUUGCAAUAUCCACCCACCUGACUGACUUCUUCAAUACCUCCCUGUGUGAAGGAGUGUGUCCACAUCAAUGGAAGGAGACAGUCCUCCUGCUGAAGAGUAAUCCACAGAGGAUUGACCAGCUACGGCCCAUCUCACUCAUGCCCCUUCUGUGUGAAGGUUUUGUUGCUGAAUGGGCAACACAGGAUAUUCAAAAGAACAUCUCCAAACAACAGUUUGGCUGCCUCAAGGGACGCUCAACCACCCUCUCUGCCUGUACAGAACAGCAGACACUAGAGGCACCUCCAGCACAUGGGUCCUGACAGACUACAGCAAGGCCUUUGCUCUUGUGGAUCACGCAAUUGCAAUGAAACACCUUUAUCUGUCCGACCACAGAUCAUGCCAUGAAUUUGAAACAUCCAUUCCUGCCGUAGCCAGGUUACAAGAUCCCAUGAGACUCUAUCCCAGGCCCAAUAACUCUCCUGUGGCCUCCCCCAGGGCACACGGCUUGGUCCAAUUGUUUUCGUGGCUCACGUCAAUGGCGCAGGACCCCAGGCGAGAAGAGAAUGGUUGCAUUCGGAAAGAUACUCCCAGUAGUUGGUGAGUUUGGAGCAUUUCAAAAUCGCCUGUUGUUGGCAGUAUCGAUACCCAACAUAUUCAUGGCCUUUCACAUGUUCAGCCAAGUUUUCACAGGUAUGAAUUUUCCUCACCACUGCAACACCGACUGGAUACUCGCCCGUGGACCCAAAUUGACCUAUGACCAACAGAAAAAUCUCACACUUCCAAUGAAUGAUGUCGGGGAAUAUGAGAGCUGUCGUAUGUUCACACCGGUGGACUUGGACUUGGAAACAAUUCAAGAGCAAGGAAUCAACAGCACCAUAUAUUGUACAGAUGGGUGGGUUUACAACACACCCCAAGGAAACCCCACUCUAGUGACAGAGUUUAACCUGGUGUGUGACAACAAAGGUGUGAGUGAGGCAUCACAGUCCAUCUACAUGACCGGCCUCCUAAUAGGGUCCCUGGUGUUUGGACCUAUGGCAGACAGGUUUGGUCGUCGCUUCGCCAUCCUCGUUUCCCUGCUCUUCCAAUUGCUGUUUGGAGUGGCCGCUGCCUUCUCCCCCAACAUCUAUGUCUACAUUAGCCUUCGGUUCGUGGUCGGCAUGACAAUAUCAGGCAUUGCCAUGAACACAUUUGUGCUAGGGGCUGAGUGGACCAGUACAUCUAAGCGGGCCCUCUUCACCAUCCUCUCACAAUGUUUCUAUGCCGUGGGGCUGAUGUUGCUGCCGUGGAUCGCCUACGGGGUCCGCAACUGGAGGGCCCUGCAGCUGGUGCUUUCCAGCCCCGUCCUCCUACUGGCUGUCUACUUCUGGAUUCUCCCAGAGUCGGCCCGUUGGCUACUAACUCAAGGCAGGCAGAAUGAGGCCAGGCAGGAGCUCCAGAGGGCAGCUGCGGUCAACAGGAGAGAGGUCCCCCAGUCAUUACUCGACAUGCUGGAGGCUGAGAACACGUCUACAACGGGCAGUAUGAUGGACCUCUUCAAGAUACCCAACCUGAGGAAACGUGCCCUCACCAUGAGCUACAUCUGGUUUGUGACCAGCCUGGUCUACUUCGGUGUGAGUCUUAACGUGGGACAUUUUGGCCUGGACAUCUACCUGACCCAGUUCAUCUUUGGCCUGGCAGAGAUUCUUUCUCGCCUGGGCUGCUACACCCUCCUGGAGCGCCUGGGCAGGAGGCCCUGUCAGGCAGGCACUCUCUUCUUUGGUGGAGCAGCUUGUCUCCUAAUUCUUGCGAUUCCUGAAGACCUUCCAGUAUUGGUGACGGUCAUUGCAGUGACUGGAAAGUUUGCUAUAGCAGCCUCCUUCACUAUUGUCUAUGUCUAUACUGCUGAACUCUAUCCCACCAUUGUAAGACAGAAUGGUGUGGGUCUGAACUCCAUGUGUGCCCGUGGGGCGGGCAUCCUGGUCCCUCUGAUGCAUCUGCUAGAGGUGUACCACCAGGCCCUGCCCAUGCUCAUCUGUGGCCUCCUGCCCUUCAUCGGCGGGGGGCUGUGCUUUCUACUGCCAGAGACCCUCAACACUGAGCUCCAAGACUACAUAGACCCACUCGAGGAGAAGACAAUAACAUCAGAGAGCGGGACUAUUGAAAACGGACUCGAUGAGGAGGAGAAACCAACUGAAUUGAGGAGCUCACAAUUCUGAUCACUGUCUGGUCCAUACUCUCUGGAGGUGUGAGUUAGUUAUUACUCUAAAAUAUAUCUUAUUUUUUGUAAAUGACACCACCCUUUUGGGACUAAUUAUUUGUUUAAAUGAGUGAAUAAUACAAAAUGAUUGAUGUUGUGUAUAAAAUAUGGACCCAUCACAAUAUUCAUCUUGGUGAUCAGGGUUGCCAUAUGGGGGGGUUGGAUGAUUCUAAGGGCCUGUGACUGAGGGGCCCUAAAAAAUUAUUUAGAACAUUAGGUUAAAAUAAAUCAGCAUUAAAUUAUUAACCUAUUGUCAUUAAUAUAAUAUUUGAUUUACAAUGUACUAAUAAAACUUGCGGUUUCUUUUUAUUUUCUUGUUUUUGGCAAAAAGUAAACAUCCAGAGAUGUUUUAGCCGACAUCAAUACAGGCAAACUUUUAGCAAGCUAUUCAUACUAAAUCACUUGUCCCUGCCUGGUGCCAGGCCCACAGAUGCAGCUUCAGGCCCAGCAGCCCUGUCUCCCCAUCCCCAUACCCCUGAACCAGCCCUACUCCCAACCCAACCUCCCAAAGGAGGUGGGCAGCAUUGUGUUGAAUGACAUGUCAAUUGGCAUAAUUGCAGGUACUGCAAUGCAUUGAGGACAGGAAAAAUCUCUGACACAGGCAGCCAAUAUCAGAGCCUUAAAGGAAGAGAUGCAGGCUCUUAGAGAUGGAUGGGAGUCUCUUCUGUCUGAGGCAACACUGAUUGCUACGCAAAUGGAUGUUGCACCUCAAUUUAGCAAGGAACACAGCCGCCAGAGGAAAAGGAAGAGAUUCCAUGAUGAGACCUCUCAAGAGGAGACAGCUCAGGACAGUGCAACAACGGUGUUUUGGAGCACAGUGUUUUUUUUACUGCUGUGGACACCAACAUAAGUGACUUUGACACUAGGUUCCACACCACUGAAAAAAUUGUAGAAUAAUUUUCUGCUGUUCUGAAAGUUGGGCAGAUUAGUAAGGAUAAAGUCCCUUCUGUGUGCCAACCACUGAUCAUUAAGUAUUCCAGAGAUCUUACACCUGAGUUUCAAAAUGAAGUAAGACACCUGAACACUGUAUAUGCUGCCACUUUCCCCCCUAACUUGUCCCCUCUUGGUCUCCUGAAUGCAAUUUGUAUGAUGCAGCUGCAAAGCAUUGUUGGAGAAGUGUGCAUUGCUUUACGUAUAUUUUGCACACUGCCUGUGACUGUUGCUGGUGGUGAGAGCUUUCAGUAAGCUAAAACUGAUCAACUAUUUGAGGUCCACUAUGUCCCAGGACAGGCUUUGCAGUCUUGCCAUGCUGUCCAUUGAAAGUCAGUUAGCUAGAAAGCUGGACUUCAAGACUUGAUCAGUGACUUUGCUCCUAAGAAGGCCCGGCGCUGGGCUCUUGGUGAGUAAGGCUGAGCAAGAGCCAGUGAUAACUGUUAAAUGGCAUGGAUAUUGGAUCACUACACACAUGAUGCCCACAGGCUGAGAACCAGACAGAACAGGAUGUAUCUCAAAGUAAUGGCUGGAUUGCCAUAAAAUAUGUCAAGACCCCAAGUGAAAGAAACCUAUUGAUUUGGUGACCACUUGACCUUUCCUCUAGCGCCACCAUCAGGCCUUUUCAGUUCCGUUUUAUUUUCCAUUUUCAGUUUCCACUUUUACAGCAGCUUAUUUUCCAGUUGGUAUGUAUACUUAGUUCAAAAAUCUGCUGCUGAUUUUUAUUAUUUUGUUUGUUAUACCAUUCUAUAGAUGAUAAUGUUAAUUUAUUGUAGUUGCAUAGGAUAAUGUAUAUUUAAGUUAUUUAUUUGAAGUUAUUCAUUAAUGUUAAGAGAAUUUUCCAUUCAAGAAUUGUACCAUUAAAAUUUGAUUUAGACUGUAAAAGAUGGCCUUUAGUAC